ACACUGGUACUUUCUUGCGACACAUAAUUAGCUUUCACCUCUCGUCACUUUGAGAUGUUUCACAGAAGCAAAUAAUAUACACGAAGAUAUUAGAGGAAAUAGAUAACAAUUUUGAUGCUAUUAAGAGCUACUCAGAGUCUAAAAUGAAAGAACGUUCCAGUGGAGCGAAUGGUUAUACUCUUGUCAUCAUAAGUUCUUUGGUGUAGACGUCAGUGUUGGCAGUUAGCUUAGCUGUUAGCUGUUAGCAUAUCCCAGUCACCGGAAGAUGAUGGAAUCCAAUACAGAGGACAAAUACGUCAAACCAGGUAACCAAGACCGGGGAUGGAAUGACCCCCCUCAGUUCUCGUAUGGCCUUCAGAUGGCCCGUGGGCCACAGAGGAACCUCCUGAACAGGAGACCUACUCCAUCAGCAGCAACAGUUGUGGGACCUCCACCCAUGAUGCCCCCUUCCACCAUCCCUCUAACUCCUCCCAAAAAUGAUGUAGGCCCACCUCCUCUGUGUCCAGCUCGACCACCUGGUUGUGUGGUCGCGCCUCCUCCCUCAUCAGGUCCAGUAACAUGUCAGAGUGACAAUGUGAGCAGCCAAUCAGAGAGUGAGGCUGAUGUGGAGGAUGUGCUGUCUGUGUUUAACAAAGCACUGUCUGCCUGCAGACCCUCUGUCUCUGGCCAGGUGUGUAAUGAUGUGGCCAAGAGACUCCGCCUUCUGGAGGAGAGCUGGAGGGCAGGACGACUGUCACUGCCAGUUCAGAGACGAAUGAAAAGCCUGGCUCUUGAGUUGCAGUCCGGACACUGGGACUCAGCCGAUGAGAUGCAUCGCUCUCUAAUGGUCGAUUAUGUGACUGAGGUCAGCCAGUGGAUGGUUGGUGUCAAACGCCUCAUUGCAGAGACCCGAAAGCUCAGCCCAGAACUCUUAGAAUCACUACGGACCUCUGAAGACCAGGCUCCUGCAGGCCCAGAACCAGACGAGAGUCCUGCAGAACCAGAACCAAAUCAGAACCCUGGAGAACCUGACCAGAAUCUUGCAGGACCAGACCAGAACCCUGACCCUGAGUCCUGAGUCCUCUGGUUUACUUUCUGUUUGUGAACUCUUUGAACCAGAACCUGGACCUUGACAUGGUGACUGUUUCCCUCAUAUGUGGAUCAAGCCUGAACUGCCACAGAACUGGCUCAGUAAGGACUGAGAAUCCAGAAUCCUGGCCUACUCAGACAUGCUCAUGUUGGGGUAAAUCGGUUUUUAUUUUGUUUAAUGUAUCACUGUAAACAUUAAAACACAUUAAACAACAAACUCUCAGCGACAAA